AUGGUUCAGUUUUCUCACGGAAUCCGCGCACCAGCGCGCGUGAUGCCUCGACCGCGGCGCCUGCAGGACGAAGAGGCUUGGGAUGACAAGCGACCGACGGACAUUGUCAGACUCGGAGUGGUGGCCACCAACAACAACAACAACCGCCGGACGCUCGCCAUCGCGCGUCAUUGCCCGCUGCCCGCCCGCUUGCUCCUUCUCGCCCAGCCGGCCCCGUUCCAAGCCCCAAUUCCCAAUUUCCAAAAAAGCAACUCUCAUCUCAAUCCCGCAAGAAGAAUGAUGCAUUAG